AUCUACACUGAUAACCAAGGCACUGAUCAUCAGUGCCCUGAUUAUCAAUGCAGUCUUUUAGUGCCCAUCAAUGCCAAAUAUCAGUGUCCAUCAGAGCUGCCUUUCAGAGCCCAUUAGUGAUGCCUGUCAAUGCCCAUCAGUGCAGUCUAUCAGUGCCCAUCAGUGCCCAUCAGUGAUGCUUGUCAAUGCCCAUCAGUGCAGUCUAUCAGUACCCAUCAAUGCCAUAUAUUAGUACAGUCUUUCAAUGUCCAUCAAUGAUGCCUGUUAGUACCUGUCAGUGCCGUCUAUUAGUGCUGUCUAUCAAUGCCACCUAUCAGUGCAGCCUCAUCAGCACACAUCAGUGAAG